AUGCGCGAUAUCAAGCUCGAUACUUCUCUUCUUUCCCACCUCGCCGGGAAAACCGCCAUCUUGACCGGUGGCGCCGGAGGGAUUGGCAGCACCAUCGCAAAGCAGCUUCUGGAAAACGGCGCCAACGUGGUAAUAGCAGACUUGGAGAACACACGGCCCAUGGUGGAGACAAUGCUCAUGGACCUUGCCGAUUCAUGCAGGGGACAGCUCCAUUUUGUCGCGACAAAUAUCGUGCUUUGGGAUCAAAUGACAGCCCUAUUCCAGUCAGCCAAGGAGCAAUUCGGCUCUAUCCAGCUGGUCAUUGCAAAUGCAGGAGUGAUGGAAACCGAGCCGGUACUGGACAUGGAUCAGAUCGACGAACGAGGGAACCUGAAAGAAUCAGAGGACUUUUCCAAAGUCAUCGACAUAAACGUAAAGGGCACCAUGAACUGCCUGCGCCAGGCGAUUUUCAGUAUGAAGGGGAACCAGCCGUGCUACCCUGAUGGAUCGCGCGGCGCGGUGGUCCUUGUAAGUUCGAUUUCGGGCUACUUCGGGGGCACGGGGGUGUCGGGGUAUAUUACGUCCAAGCAUGCGGUGACGGGGAUGCUGCGUGGAUCACAGCUGGCUGCGAGGAAGUACGGCAUUCGAGUGAAUGCUGUUGCCCCGUUUGUUACUCCUACGGCCAUGGCAGGCGGAUUCUCAGAGGCGUGGCGAGCCAGGGGCCUUCCGAUCAAUACGACGGAUGGUGUUGCUAGGGCCCUGUUGACGCUUGCCUUUAACCCUUCAGAAAAUGGGUCUUGUUACGUGAUUUCAGGUCCCAUUCUUCGAGAGGCGGAACAUACUCAGAAACUUCUACUGGCGGAGUGGCUUGGAGAGGAUUUGGCACGGGUAUUCGGGGAUGCUAAUGAGUUUUUUACGAGCCAGGGGGGGUAUCAGUUGCCAAAGCGAGUUUCCCGAUAA